CAGCAGAAGCAGGGAAAAACCGGUGGGUUGUCCGAUGGUUUCCAGCCGGAGAACUUCAUCCCGGGGCUCGUAAUCGGUUUCAUUAUCGGACUGUUCAUAGAUUUGUCGACUAAACCGUUUAAAGGUUCAUCAUCUACUGCCACCAAGAGGAAUUUCUUACCUGGGAAACCCCAACAGCAAAAUCCGGACUCCUCUGACGGUGACAAUAACCGUGUUUUGGUGGUUAGGCAAGACUUGAAGAUGGGUACUGGAAAGAUUGCCUCACAGUGUGCUCAUGCAUCCACUGGCUUAUACUCAGAACUCCUUCAGAGUGAUCGCUUGCUUCUGAGACGGUGGGAACAAUGUGGGCAGGCUAAAAUAGUUGUUACUUGCAAAAAUCAAACAGAAAUGAAUAAGCUCAAGGAAGCAGCUGAGAACAUCGGCCUCCCAACAUUUGUGGUCGCUGAUGCUGGAAGAACACAGGUAGGACUUUUGAAGAAUUGGUUCAUCAAUUUACUGAUUAUAUUUAUGGAAAGAAGUUGUCCAAAUAAAGUGAAGCCUGGAUAUCUUAAGUGCAAGGUUGCUGCCGGCUCACACACGGUUAUGGCUGUUGGACCUGGUCCAAAAUCAUCAGUGGAUUCCGUUACAGGGAAACAACGCCUUCUCUGAUAACCUGGGGAGAAGAGCGAACGAGCUGCCUGCCUAGUCAAGUCUAUAUCAUCAUCAUCAUAGUAUGGGAUCAGACACUCGGUGAAGCUGAUUCUGUCUCUUUAGUCCGCUGAAUAUCUUGAUGUAUUAGCGUGCGCCAGGAUACGAGAAUUGGCGUUUGGGAUCUGUAUCAAAUCAUUUGUUUGGAUGUUAAAGUAGAUUAUUGCAUGUGAUUUUGCUAUUGAGCAUAUGGUUCGAUGCUCUCCUCGCUCUGUUUAACCAUUGUGUCUGGAUUGAUAUGGAGGCAGACAUUCCAAUACAUGCAACCCCUUCCUUUGACAUAACCUUUGUAACAAAUAAAUAUGAAGCUUUGAGACUGUGAUCUCGAGCCUAAGAUCGACCGACAGUACUGCUAUACUACAAAUGGGCCAGAGGUUCGACCGGCCAAGCUCCUUUGGUUCGGGACUUGGCGGGAAGGGGUGAUUGGUUGGUCGCUUCCGCACACGACGCCGUUCUAUCAUUCUGAGGUAA